CUCUUUGUCUUACGACCUUCCAUUUCUUUGCGCUAUCGCCAGGGAAAACCGAAGCCCCGAAUAUUCCGUUGCCCAAGUUAUUCUCAUCUCUCGCUCUCUCGGGGUCUCUCUCGCCGGCGAUAUUCGCCGUCUCCCAGCUCGGAAUCAGCGUUUUUCCGGUUCGUAAUCGCGAGGAUCUUCGAGCGGUGUACCUGAAUUCGGCUGAGUAUAUCGAGAUUCGCCAUGGCCGGCUCUGGCGACAGAGAAAACGAGGAGAAUCGCGGAACACGACCUGACGGCGGCGAGGUCAACGAUUCGUCGUCGAUCGGCGCGUCUUCGGUGGAGUCCGGACCGAGCUCGAGGGUUUCGAGGGGGGUCGGCGAGGAGAUUGGCAUGGCGGAGAGGUUGACGGACAUUUUCGUCGGGGAAGGCGACGGAGAUCUGUUGAUGCAGCGGAGCGAUCGGGAGGAUAGGGUUUUGCAGUGGCUGCAGGCGCUCGAUAUGCAAGUGAUCGGCGCUUGUCGCGCGGAUGAGAGGUUGAAGCCGUUGUUGAAGUCGAGUGGGUCAGGCAGUGCGGCUGAGGAUCGGUUGUUGGCUCACCUUAGUCAGCACUUUGAGCCUGCGGAAGUUGGAAUUCUGGCCAGAUGCUUUUGCAUGCCACUUGUUUCAAUUCGCGUUGGCAAGAUAAACAAGCAAGGGACUCUUCUUUGCCCCACCCCGACAAGGGGGACCUUGAAUCUUAGUCUUUUGCCAACAUCUGAUUUGCGCUUGUCAUUUGUUGGGGACCAUGGUCAGACAGAGAGGCUAGUUACUUUAAGCAGCUCGACCGAAUCUUCUUCCCUUGUGAUUGAGGAAAUAUCUGAAGAUACUUCGGGAAGAUCAUUUGUUCUCAAAAUGCUGGAUGGGAAUGCAUUUUACUUUUGGUGCUCAGAGAAAUCAAAGCUCCUGGGAAUUGAAUUGCUUAGAAAGAUGAGGGAUUUACUCAAUCAGAGACCUACUGUUGCUGAAUUGACUGGAAUUGAUGGGUCACGUCUUGAGUGCUUUGCAAUUCACCUUCGAGCAUAUCUAAUGGGACCGGUUGUAAGUAAAAGCCAAGCUAGUUCUUCAGGCUUGCCAAUCCUGUCAGAUGGUAUUGCGAAUGAUGUUCCCAGUGCAAGUGAGAAUAUGCAAACGUUUGCUUCAUCUAAUUCCCUUCGCCCCCAUUAUUCCAGCAGUCAAGUAGUAAAGUCUAAUUCAUGCCAUCAAGGCCUCAGUCCCAGAGCGACUUCGUUUAAAGAAGGUCUUGCCAAAAACUUGACCGCAAGGAGCACGAGAGAGAAGUUGAGGAAGCUUGGGGAGAAUCACUUUGCAGCAGUUGAUAACUUGUCAGCUUCUUUACCAAUCGUUGCUGAUACUUUCAAUUCAAGUUCUUGCAACAUCCUACAAACGCAAGAUUCACAGGGGAACAAUUCAUUUACUCCUUCCAAUGUCCUGGAAUCACUAGGGAAAUUGACAUUCCCACCCUGUUUGAGCACAUCGUCUCAAGUUCCUUCUCUAUGUCAACCGAUUUUCUCCCCAUACUACUGUCUGUGCCCUCCUGGGGCAUCGACACUGGAACGCCCAGAUCCACCUCCAGCACUCGCUUCUGCUUCAAAUGGAUAUUCAGUUCCAUCUUUAUCUGCUUUACUACCUCCUGUGCCUUCCAGUUUAUUAAUGACGGCACCACCUUUAAACUUGGAAGAUCUUCCUCCGCUAGACUUUCCAACUAUUCUUCAAGAUCCGUUGGCCUGUCUACCAAUGCCCACUUCUCAACAAAUCCCAACCUUUACGCCUCUGAUGUGCGAUCCGAUUGUUCACAUUCCAGUUAUUGAUGUCUGUUCUGCAGGACAAGGUUACCUGGUGAGCGCGGGGCCCACCAUCACGACUGCUAUUGGGCCCCUGAACCCUAAACUGGUGAGUCCGUUGAUUCCCGAGACAAGCUUGGUGGUUGAAGAGGGUGCGAGAGAAACUCUGCGCCUUCUGAUUAGCGGUUCAAGCCCCAUGAUCACGCAGUCGAUUGGCAUGUUCCCUGUUGUACUGAGUAGCGCAGACGAGAAGCAAAGUGCCAUUGUUGCUGGAAGCAGGGGUCUGUACAGCGGGAUCAGGGAUGUUGAUGCUUUUUCGAGCGCGGUUGUGGCUGGAAGCAGGGGUCUAUACAGCGGAAUUAGGGAUGUUGAUGCAUUUUCGAGCAGAGGUCUCGCUGCCAUGGGAUUGUUCUCCCUAUCCGGUAGAUCUGCAGUGGAGAGUGCAGCGAAGAGUUGUGAUAUUACCAACGUUUUAGAUGUUCCACUGAACGGAUCUAACAGCCUUGGUGAAUCAAACGCAGAUGUUGAUGAUUCCCUUUCAGAGAAUGCCAGAAAAACAGGUUGAUGAUGGUGGAUGUUUUCAGUUGUCGAUUCGUCUCCGUCUGUUCGUAGGAAGAGUAGAUAUAUGCCGCAGGUUUUUCCGUAUUUUGAUCGAAAUAAGUUCCCCACCCCCCAAAUUGGGGUUUUUGAUGCCUUCGAUGCUCUCCGUUUCCACUUCUGUAGUUGGGCAUCUUGAAAAUGUAGACGUCAAAGGCUACUUUUGUUAUUUCGGUAGUUGUUAAAUGUGAAUGAAGUUUGUAUUUCUUU